CAUGUAACGUUAGUCGUUACACUGAAACUAUUUUUCAUGCACCGAAAGUUUUUGAUGAACUUUCGGCUGACCGUUUCGGUCGUCGCGAUUGAAACUUUGACCCUAGCCUCAGCUUCGGGUGAGCUGUUUGUGUUUCACAUGUGAACAAGUAACAACAACAAACACACCUGCGUUACCACCACAGGUCAUAGGUCACCACACAUGCGUGCUGGCCGGUCGGUAUGGAGACUUGGAUUGCAGCCGCGCGACUCUUCAUCUCACCCGUUUGAACCUUUGGCGUAAAAUUCACCUGUUUAAAACGACUUGACGCGUAGAACACACCAUUUCUUUACCUGUCAAGCUACCUCGUGACACUCCUACCGCCAUAGAGGCCUGCAGAAGGUUACAUUCUGGUUAAGACAUAAGAGAAAGCGAGCCUGUCUCGCACGUAUAACAGGUGUCAGGAUGCCCGGCAACAUGCUGCUCGGCUCCAUCCAGAUCUCAGGUGAACACCUGUCCACGGUGGAGGUCCGAGACAUUUGCGACUCCUUAAAGAACAACUCCACACGCCUGCUCAGCCUUAGAGGGUGCAAGAUCGACGACGAAGACUUCGGGCCGCUGGCCACGGCGAUCGGGGAGAGCAAGUCCAUCGUACAACUGAACUUGAACCUGGGCGUAGUCUCGGACAGCAGCCGAGCGAGACUUCUAGGAGAGGCGCUGACAAGGAAUAGAUCACUAAAUUCAUUGUUCCUCCAUGGUAGCCCCCUGGGUGAUGAAGGCCUGACUGUGCUGAUCCCAUCACUGUCCACCCACCCCUUCCUGACCUCGCUGGACCUGGGGGACUGCCGGCUGGGGGAUGGCUCCAUCAAACUCAUCAGCGCCUUGUUACCUCCUGAUGGAGCUAGACAAGGAAUUCAUGACCUAACCCUGAGUGCCAACCCAGCCAUUACUGCACGAGGUUGGGCCCAACUGUCAGUGGCACUAGCUAGCAGUUCCACCAUCAGAACUCUAUGUGUGGACUAUAACUCCAUAGGAGACUAUGGAGCUGGAAUGCUGGCUGUGGUUGUGGCAGGCAGCAGGACAUUAGAGGUGCUGGACAUGGAGGGGACUGGGUUGACAGAGUUUGGAGGACAGGUGUUUCUGGACCUGGUGCAGAACUACCCUGUGACCCUGAAGCAGCUAGUUCUGUGUGAGAAUGGUGUGAGUGAGGAAACACAGCAGCAGGUCAACAGCUGCCUGUCUGUCAACACAGAGGACACAGCUCAAGAGGAGGCUGCAUCACCAGACCCCGGCCCCUCCACCAGCGUAACUCCCGGCAGGUCACAUGACAGGGACACGGCAGCAGCUGCUGUGGAGGCUUAAAACAGUCACACAAGUGGUUAAAGCAAUACGACCUAACUUUCAGCAAUUUAAGUGUGCCAUAUAGCACCAGAUUUGUACUAGUUUGCUAAUAUACAAAUAUUAUCAUAUAUGUACAAGCAUGAAAUGUCCAGUGUUGGUACAUGACAACUAAAGGAAAAGUGUGAUCCAAUCUCAUUCUUUUUACAGCAGCAGAGUAGAAAAGGAUUACUUUGAGACUAACUAUGAAGGAAUUCUGUAAAAAGUGACCAUAGUCCUUGUAUGAUAGCUUGUGAUGCCGAUGCUUUUUGAGUGCAAGUGGUAUUAUAGCCUAAAGUAUGUUUUUACUUGUAGUUGUUGUACUCGUGUAGAAAGAUGUUUUAGACCCAGUCUAUUCUUAUGUGAUAUCAAUAUCAUUACAUGACAGAAUUGCCAUGUUAUAUGGAAAGAUGUAAAAACUUACAAUGAGUCUUCAAUCUGCUGUAAAUGAUUUUUGACAAAGAAAAACAUCGUUUAGUCAACCUUUACUUGGGUUUGAAAGUACAUGUAUACUGAAUGUAAUGUAGACUGUAGAGUGCUGAGCAACAUGUGUAUCUACCUGAACUUUUACUUUGUUGUACCUGCUAAUUGAUAAUAUACUACUUUAAGGUUGCAUUGUACUUAAGUGUCAGGAAAAUAAAACUUAGCACAGAA